AUGGCGGCCACCGAACCAAAGACCGUCUACAUCGACGAAGACGUCGGCCAGGAUGAUUCCACGGCGACGGGCUCCGAAUCAGCCCCCUACAAAACCCUCGUCUACGCGUUCCUGCAACACCCGCCCACGACUGAGGGCAUCCAAUACCUGACGCGCAGGUCCCAGACUGGCCCCGUGGGCGAGGACGGCAACGAGGCCGCGCGCCUGGAGUGGAAGCCGGCCACCAAGUCCGCCAUCAAGAAGGCCACCAGCCUGUGGGAGCAGCGGAAAAGGAAGGCCGCCAAGGAGCAGGAACUGGCCAUCCGGGAGAAGGAGGAGGCAGAGAAGCGCCGGCAGGUCCUGGAAGAAGCCAAGAAGGUGGUCAUCAAGGAGGAUCCAUCUCUGCCCAAGCCCGUUCGGAUCAGGCUCGAUGUGACGGACCCGUCGAUUGUCAAGCUGCGGACGCCUGACUCGGACACCCCGGGAACGCGCGUUCGCGUGCUCGGCCGUGUUCACCGUCUGCGCUCGCAGAAGGAUGUCAUUUUCAUCACUCUUUACGAUGGGUAUGGGUACUUGCAGUGCGUCCUUACGGGUGACUUGGUCAAGACGUACGACGCGAUGACUCUGACUCUCGAGACAUCGAUGGCGAUUCAUGGAGAAAUGCGUGCGGUGCCUCCCAAGCACCAUGCGCCCGACGACCGGGAGCUGCAUGCCGACUACUUCACCAUCAUCGGCCGCGCGGCGGGUGACAAGGAAGCCAUCACGACCCGUGUGGCACCCGAUGCGGACCCGCAGACGCUGUAUGACAACCGCCACCUGGUGCUCCGCGGCGAGACUUCGUCCAAGGUCAUGAAGGUGCGCGCCGCCGCCUUGAGGGCGUUCCGCCAGACGUUCCAUGAGAGCCGCAUGCUGGAGGUGACGCCGCCGGCGAUGGUGCAGACGCAGGUCGAGGGCGGCAGCACUCUGUUCUCGUUCGACUACUACGGCGAAAAGGCGUACCUGACGCAGUCGUCGCAGCUCUAUCUGGAGACGUGUCUGGCCUCGCUGGGCGACGUGUUUUGCAUCUGCCCGUCGUUCCGGGCGGAGAAGUCGCUCACGCGGCGGCACCUGUCCGAGUACACGCACAUCGAGGCGGAGCUGGACUUCAUCACGUUCGACGACCUGCUCGACCACCUGGAGCAGGUCAUCUCGCGGGUGAUCGAGCUCCUGCUGGCGGACCCGCAGAUCGCGCGGUACGUGAAGGAACUCAACCCGGAGUUCAAGGUGCCGACACGGCCGUUCAAGCGGAUGAAGUACGCCGAGGCGAUCGAGUGGCUGCGCGAGCACAACAUCCCGAACGAGGAAGGGCAGCCGCACCAGUUCGGCGACGACAUCGCGGAGGCGGCGGAGCGCAAGAUGACGGACACGAUCAACCAGCCCAUCUUCCUGACGCACUUCCCGGCGGAGAUCAAGGCGUUCUACAUGAAGCGGGAUGCGACGGACCGGCGGGUGACGGAGAGCGUGGACGUGCUGAUGCCGGGCGUGGGCGAGAUUGUCGGCGGCAGCUGCAGGAUCGACGACUGGGACGAGCUGAUCCAGGCGUACAAGCGGGAGAACAUGGACCCGAGUCCGUAUUAUUGGUAUACUGACCAGCGGAAAUACGGAACCUCCCCCCACGGCGGCUACGGCCUCGGUCUCGAGCGUUUCCUCGCCUGGCGUACAUAG